CUCGCGCUGUUGUUUACAAGAUGGUAGUGUAGGAUCAGAAAUAGUAAUAAUUCAGUGUAAGUUAGACAGUUGGAAGUGUUUCUCCUCCAGGUCUGUGUGUGUUGUCGGUGUGUGGGCGCAGAGGAACCCUUGGCAGCAGAGACCCACUGUGGACUGAGUGUGUGACACCAGCGGACACACUGACACACAGUGUGUGGGCUUUUUGCAGUGUCACUGACAGACACACAACACUGAGCUCAGAACACAGUUGACUUUAUUGGACCUGUGGAGGUUAUCUGAAUCCAGCUGAAUGAACAGAUCGACUGCAAAGCAUCUAAUUGAGCGCUACUUUCGGCAGUUAACUGACGGCUGUGGAAAUGGCAACUGCACGAAUGAGUUUUGCGCAUCGUGUCGUGAUUUUCAACCCUUGGAUAAUAACUCGGCAGCUGUCAAAGCGCUUGAGCUUUUUAAGAUUAAUGCCAAACUCUGUGAUCUUCACCUUCCCAAGAAAGAUCCCAACUCCACCGCUGACGGGCACUUUGACGUGGACAGUAAGAUGAGCGAUUUGAGCUCUGCCAAAGAGGACUUCUCAGAUGUUCAUUACCUCACAGAGAACAUGAUAUGCACGAUGCUGAGUUUCUGCGAGGAGAAUGGCGACUACUCCACUCUCAUCCGAGUCAUUGGCAGAGUUUUCUCAAAUUCAGAUGCCCUGAUGAAGAGUUUUAGAAAAGAUGAACCCAACGCCGCUGGACAACAUGACUCAGAUAAGAAUGAUGUGGAUGAGAUGGGUGCUUCCUCUGCUGCUGCUAAUGAAGCUGUUGAUGUUACAGUGGACAUUGACGCUGUGAGAAGAGUCUAUGACAGACUUCUAACCAUCGACCAGGUAGAGGCAGCUCUUGUAACUGCUAUCAUUUAUCUCACUCCUAAUGUGGAGCUUGACCUGGAGUACCUUGAUGUGUAUGAAUCAAACCCUGAUUACCUGAAUAUCUUCAUCAUAGUGAUGGAGAACACUAACCUUCACAGCCCAGAGUACCUGGAAGUGGCACUGCCGCAGUUCUGCAAAGCAAUGAGCAAGCUGCCGGUGUGCGCACUCGCCAAACUCUCAAAGCUGUGGUCGCAAUAUGGUCUUCCACAUAUCCGCCGAAUGAUGGAGACCUUCCAACAGGUCAUCACUUUCACAGUUGUCAGCAAUGAGUACAGUACAGAAGACCUGGUGAAUGACGACGAGACUGUUGUGGCUGCUACUAAGUGCUUAAAAAUCGUCUUCUAUGCAAGUCUCCUUGGUGGGGAUGUGGAUGUCGAGCACAAUGAGGAAGAAGAGGAAGAGACUGAGUCAGAUGAGCUCACUUUACAUGAGCUGUUAGGUGAGGAGCGGCUCUACAAGAAGGGGCCUCGGGUUGAUCCUUUGGAGAAAGAGCUGGGUGUCAGAGCCAUAGACAGCAGAGGGCCCCUCAUUCCCUUCGAGGAGUUUGUUAAUGAGCCACUCAACGAUGUGGUGGAGAUGGACAAAGACUUCACCUUCUUUAAAGUUGAUGCAGACACAAAGUUUUCUUUCCAGACCUGCCCUUUUAUUCUCAGUGUCAUCACCAAGAAUCAAGGCCUGUACUACGACAACAGAAUCAGGAUGUACAGUGAGCGUCGCCUCACUGCUCUCUAUAGCAUGGUCCAAGGCCAGGCGCCCAGCCCCUAUCUGAAGCUCAAAGUACGACGAGAUCACAUCAUCGAUGACGCCCUCGUCAGGCUGGAGAUGAUCUCCAUGGAGAAUCCCUCUGACCUGAAGAAACAGCUGUUUGUAGAGUUUGAGGGGGAGCAAGGUGUAGACGAGGGGGGGGUGUCAAAGGAGUUCUUCCAGUUGGUCCUGGAGGAAAUUUUCAACCCGGACAUAGGAAUGUUCACCUACGACGACAGCACAAAGCUGUUCUGGUUUAAUUCAUCCUCUUUGGAAAAUGAAGCUCAGUACACUCUGAUUGGAAUCGUCCUGGGUCUUGCCAUUUACAACAACUGCAUCCUGGAUGUUCAUUUCCCAAUGGUAGUCUACAGGAAACUCAUGGGGAAGAAAGGAACCUAUGUGGACCUGUCGGAUUCAAACCCAGUUCUUUACCAGAGUUUGAAGGAGUUGCUUGAGUAUACAGGCAAUGUGGAGGAAGACAUGUCGCUCACCUUCCAGAUCUCACACACAGACCUUUUUGGAAAUCCAGUCUUACAUGACUUGAAGGAGCAGGGAGAUCAGAUCCCAGUUACUAAGGAGAAUAGACAGGAGUUUGUGGAUCUAUAUGCUGACUACAUCCUCAACAAAAGUGUGGAGAGACAGUUCAAAGCCUUCAAAAAAGGUUUCCUAAUGGUCACAAAUGAGUCCCCACUGAAAUACCUUUUCAGACCUGAGGAGGUGGAGCUCCUCAUAUGUGGGAGCAGGAAACUUGACUUUGAAGCACUUGAGAAAACUACAGAAUACGAUGGAGGUUAUAGCAGAGAUAGUCAAAUUAUUAAAGAUUUCUGGGAAAUCAUUCACUCAUUUGGAGAAGAGCAGAAGAGGCUGUUUCUUCAGUUCACCACCGGCACAGACAGAGCACCGGUCGGCGGGCUCGGAAAAUUAAAAAUGAUCAUCGCCAAGAACGGAUCUGACACAGACAGGCUUCCAACCUCUCACACCUGCUUUAAUGCGCUGCUACUCCCUGAAUACACAUCUAAGGAAAAGCUGAAAGAAAGACUACUCAAGGCCAUCACUUACGCCAAAGGAUUCGGGAUGCUGUGACGCACAGAAGGUUUUGGGACUUUUUUUGACUUCAUCAGAAAAGGGAGUAUCAAACAAUGCUGCGUUGAUCCUGUGCCUAACCAAGCUCUUCCAGUCACGCUCUGCUGUCGGCCUUUCACUCUGAGGCCUCUGACAUCAGGUUGAUUUUUGUUAUUUUUUCCCUCGUGUGUUUUGUUUCUGAGUAGCAUGAACAUUAUUUAAUUUGUGAAACUGUGAAAGUGCACUUACACUCAUAGUGUUAGCGAAUGCCAGCACCUAACUGUAUAUUUAUUGUUUAAUUUUACUCACACCUCUAUAUGUAGCAGUAUUCAGUCCUCAAACUGUCUUCCCACAUGUAAGGACUGGGCAUAGUGGUGCUCAUUGGCUAAACCCCAGUCUGUACACUGAUGGGCUUAUAGUGAAACUCUCUCACUACAACAGCAUUUACUUGAUAGUUAAUUCAAACUUUAAUAUAUGUUGUGCCUCAUGCAUUUUGUGUCAAAGUUUUUUCUGAAACCCAGAACCACACAGUGUGAGUGUGCUUUUGAUAGAUUUCAGGAUUUCUGAAUGUACUUACUGACUCAUUAGUCCGGAUUUUCACAACCUUAAAAAAAGGUUUUCUUCUUUUGGUUUGUUUGCUAUGAAGUGUUACUAAAUGCACAUUUGUAGGUGUAGAUGCCAAAUGUGCUGUGCCUCCAAAGGGAAAAGAGUUAUGUUUUAUUUGGCCAAAUAUCUCAGGAAUAUGAAGAAUGUGCAGAUAAUGCAAAACUAUUAUGCAAAGUGAAUAAAGACAACAAAACUGUAAACUCUGUCAUGAAUAGGCAUUUAAGGAAUUUCCACUAAAGGUGAACUUAAUAUGUAACUAUGUUAGUGUUUAUCCAGUUUACUUGAUUAUUAUAUGUAUCCAGUGGAAUAUGUUGUGUGAACAUUGUGUUAUCUGCACAAAGGAUUUAUUCAUGCCAACAAAAUGACAGCAUACACUUGUAUUAUUUAAACAUUUUAAUGUUUUUCACAUACAACAUUGCAGAUUUACAACUGAUCAUGUAUGCCGACAGUAACUUCAGCGCAGACCUGGUAUUUGGGAUUAUUUUGUACAUUGACGUAUUGCAUCAAAUGGAUAUUGCAGUUAUUGGUAUUUUGUGGGUUCAUACCUAAUGGGCAGAAUGUCAGUACUCUUUAGAGCAUACGCUACAGCUAUAAAAAGCUUUUUUUUUGCACACACAACAGGGCUCAACAUUUUUGACUUGCCCAAUCAGGCAAGUGUUCCAGAAAUCUACUCGCCCAGACUCACUUGGUCCAAACAAACUGUUUUAUGUAGUAGCAUUUAUCGAAUAAUGACUAAGAAUAAUGGGCACUGGAAAAAAUUUAAUUUUUUUUUUUUCAAGCAAGUGAGUUUCUAGGUUUACUGGCCUGAUGUGGCAUUUUAUUUGCCCCAGACAAUUGGGCACUCCUUAUUGUUGAGCCCUGCACAACUGAUCAACAUACUCCAGUAGUUUCAUGAUUUGAACAUGAAAUCAUCUGUCAAUUAUAACAUAAAAUAAAAAUAUAUAUUUGCUGCAUACACUGUACACAAUUUGACACAUUGUGAUGAUAAUAAACAGAUGUACAAAUA